AUGAGUGACACCCCUGAGAAGAGGGAUGGCUCAACAAGCACUCCUCUCAGUCAGUCAUCGGGAGUGUUCAGACCCAGCGGUCAGUUCUACUCCUUGCAACAACAGUUGUUGGCUGCUCAACAUCAACAACAACAGCAGCAGCAACAACAGCAACAACAAUACAUUGGACAAUACUCUCCCCAACAGCAGCAACAGCAACAACCAUACUCACCUCAACAGCAACAACAGGUUAUUUCACCAACUCAAUACUCACCUCAACAGCAACAGCAACAACAACAACAACAACAACAACCACAUCAAUAUGUAGAUGAAUACUACUAUGGAGAUGAGAGUUGGUUUGAGCUGAGAGUUGUGCCAGAGCACACUACCUCUCCCAAUCCCGUCCCUAACCCGCCAAACAUACUUCGCUUCGACCCUUGGAUGGAGUUACUCUGGGUUGGCUACCAAAACGGCAAGGUCACAUCACUGGUCAACCCAACAAUGGAGCGACACUCUAGCUUCUUUGCGAGCCCAACAACGGGACAUCACAACAACAACAACAAUAACAACAAUAACUCUGGAAUCAAGGAUAUAUUGAUUGAUUAUGAAGGUGUGAUAUGUGUUGGUUCAAACAGCGUCAACUUCUACACUCGUGGCGGCGCACUGAUCUACAACGUCAAGAACGACAGGAUGAAGGACUUGACAGCGGUCUCAUACUCAAAGCACGACAACACAGAGUUUGUGGUCAGCUCCGACCAGUCGACACUGUACGUGAUCGACUUUUACACAGGUCGCGUUGUCCGCGAGGUGCAGAUGCCCUGCCCCGUCAAGACGCUCAACAGAGAUCGCGGAGUAUGGUGCGGUCAGGCGAAUGGCGACAUCACCAUGCUGGAUCCAGUCACGUGGCGCAUUGAGCACUCGUUCAGCGCGCACAAGGCCGACGUGCGCAGUGCAGAUAUCAAGGGCGACAUGCUGGUCACGAGUGGCUGCUCAGUGCGCAGCGGCCAGCUGCUUGCCGACCCCGUCAUUAAGGUGUUUGACGUCAAGACACUGAGACCACUGCCACCAAUCCAGUGUAAGCGACCAUCAAUCGUACGCUUCCAUCCACGCUACUACCAAUCGAUCGCGAUAGCCUCAGACAUUAGCGGACAGAUCCAGAUCUCUGAGCUCCAGGUGGACCCUGUGGCGGCGGCUGCUGCGCCUCAGAACUCGCAGUACUUCAACAUCGACUCACUCUAUGGCUACAUCACGUCGUUUGACGUCUCUUCGACGGGCGACGUCAUGGCAUUUGGCGAUGGCGCCAGCGUCAUCCAUCAGUGGGGCGAGAAGGACAACAUCCACGUCAACAACAACAGCUUCCCCCUGGACAUUGUCGACUUUCCCCACUUCACCAAUGGCAAUCGCAUGGAGGAGGACUGGCCCCUGUCCACCGUGCCCUUCUACCAAGACCAGCACGAUCAAUCCCUGCUCAGCUACUGGAAGCCCACUCUAUCAUAUCCCGUUGGCUUGCCACAGCGUCCACUCAAUCCCUCCCUUCUCGUACAUUUGAAGCAACAUGACUUUGUCGGAUACAUCUCAAACACUGGAAUCUCAAGGAAACAGAUACGUUCCAAGACCUACGAAGAUGGCAAGUCGAGUCAAAGGACCAUCGCCAACCUUACCUUGUCAUCAAUCGGACAGGUCAGGCCACCAAAGGCAUACAGAUGGAUGGGUAUCAAACUUGGAAUAGAGGAGUUUGAUGUGUCAUCUUACAACAAGACCAAGUUCUCUGGACUUGAGAACAGUCUGCCCAGUACAUAUUCCAACAGUUGCAUUCAAACUCUAUACUUUAUACCACAUAUACGCAACGCUCUAUUGAAUCAUCUAUGCUCCAAGAACACUUGUCUAAGUUGUGAACUCGGUUUCAUCUUCCAUAUGAUUGAGAGAUGUAGAGGCAAGACAGUAGAGACAAGUAACUUUUUGAGAGUGAUCAAACAACUACCACAGGCAGUGGCACUUGGAUUGUACUUGUCACAGGAUCAACCGGAAUCACCAAUACCUUUGUCUCAAUUGGCCGCCAACUUUAAUCGAUUCCUUCUCGAACAGAUAAAUAAGGAACUAAGUGUUCCAACAACAGCCACACAGCAGUCAUCCACCAACACCAAUCAACAGCAACAACAUCAUCAUCACAACAAACAUCAUCAUCAACAUCACCAUCAACAGCAACAGCAACAACAACAACUUCAACAACAACAACAACAACAUCCCGAAUCAAUCAUUGAUACAUUGUUUGGAUUCAAUGUGGUAUCAUCAAACAAGUGCAUCAAUUGUGGCAAUACGUACGAGAAGCAAUCACGUCACUUCCAAAUCGACAUGGCAUAUCCAAACUCUGUGCAGGAGCUCGGUCCAGAGGGCGCCACAUUUUCCAACAUACUCAAGACCAGUCUGUCCAAGCAGGUCAAGACUCCAGCAUGGUGCGACAAGUGUAAAAACUACUACAACACCCAUCAGAAGAAGUUCCCCAAGUCACUGCCCAACCUGCUGUGUCUGAACGCCAACAUCUCAAAGAAGGAGCACGAGGACUAUUGGCGCUACACGGCCAACGCCCCCCCAGGCGUAGUCAAGCCCGCCACUCACGAGAUGUCGUUUGAGAACGAGCGCACGUGGCUGCCCACACGCAUAAGGAUCAAGUUGGACACGCAGUCCAAUGUGAUCAGCAUCAUCGAGUAUCCAAACAAUUGUACAGACGCCGCAGUAGCAAAGGAUGACGUCGAUGGCAACAGUGGACAGCUCUACGAGCUGAUCUCCAACAUGUCGCUGAUCAAGGACCAGGUCAAGCGACUGCCAAAGCAGGGCCAUCUGGUGACGCACAUACGCGCGUCAGACUUUUACAUCGACGAGUCGCCGGCGCGCUACUACCUCUUCAACGACCUGAAGAUUAAGGCUUGCUCAAUCAACGAUGUUACACACUUCGACUCCAACUGGAAGUCGCCCGCCGUGGUACUCUACCGCCGUGUUGGCUAUGAGAAGCAACUGGACCCAGUGCCCACCGUCAUCAUGCCAAUUACAAAGGAGGUGUACAUGGCCAAUAACCUAUUGACGACCAAGAACCCGUCGUUCAAGCCGCCCACACUGGCCACGCUGCCCAAGACAGAGGAGCUUGUGGCCAUUGACACAGAGUUUGUUUCGAUUGGACCUGAGGAGACCGAGGUCAGCAGCGAUGGCAAGCGUGUCAUCAUCCAGCCCGGCAACUUCAGUCUGGCGCGUGUCAGUCUUGUGCGCGAGAACGAGGAAUGCUUCUUUGACGACUAUAUCCAAUCGGUCGAGCAGGUCACGGACUAUCUGACGCGAUUCUCUGGAAUCCAGCCUGGCGAUCUCGACACCAAGCUCACCACCAAGAACCUGGUCAGUCUCAAGUCGGUGUACCUGAAGCUACGCUACCUGGCAGAUCAGCGCGUCAAGUUUGUCGGACACGGCCUGAAGAAGGACUUUAGGAUCAUCAACAUGUACGUGCCACCCGAGCAAAUCAUUGACACUGUCGAGUUGUUCCAUCUACGUAAUCAGCGCAAGUUAUCCCUCCGUUUCCUAGCCUACAUACUUCUAAAGACAGAUAUCCAAACAGAGACUCAUUGUAGUAUAGAGGAUGCGAAGACUGCCAUGGCACUGUACAAGAAGUAUCUGCAGUUGGUUGAGAACAAGGAGUUUGAUGACACGUUGAAUAAGGUUUACCAAGUAGGAAGAUCACUCAACUUUAAGGUGCCAGAGAUAGACAGUCAGCAGCAAUCAAACAACAACAACAACAACAAUGAUUCUCAGUACUACAUCUCGACACCAAAGUAA